CGGGGAGCAACCGGAAGUGGUCCGUCUGGGAAUUCCUUCCCCCAAAAAAUCUUCUCGUCGAACGUCCAAAGAGGAGUCAGAGUAUCUCGACAGGAUUGAUCACGAUUAAUUCGACUCAACGUGUCGGAUUGAAGAAACAGAGUGAUUGGUGUUCAUAAAAUAACGUCAGUUGACAUUUCGCUUGUUGACAGCUGGUGCGAGCUCAAAACCGACAGGUUAAUAUCAGGAUGGCGGAGGCGCCAGGUACUUCUAGCGAGACGAUAACGGAGACCGUUCAAGUUGACACACCGCCACCGCCCCAGCAGGAGGGACGUAGCCUGACCAUCAAGCUGAGGAAGAGAAAGACUGACAAGAAGGUGGAGUGGUCCAGCGACACAGUGGACAACGAGCAUCUGGGAAGGAGGUCUUCCAAGUGUUGCUGCGUCUACGAGAAGCCCAAACAGUUUGGGGAGUCCUCCUCUGAAAGUGAGGGAGAUGACGGCGACGAGGGCUGUGGAAGUGCACACUGCAUUCUGGGACAUGGGAAAGACGGCAGGCAUGGACACAGAGGAGGGGGUGGGGGGAGUACGGUUCCUCCAAGCUCUGGGGGAUCACAUGCCCACUAAUGAUUAGGAAUGGUGCUGAGGGAGGAAUGGAGCAUAGGGAUUCUUCAGUCGAUGACAAUGACACAUUAUACUGCUACACACACGCUCUCAUUUAGUUCAGUCACUGCAGUACUGAGAGGAAAAGGACGAGACAGAUAAAACUGAGGGAGGGAGAGAGCCUAUAUUUCUGCCUGUUUGAUAAGAAAAAGGGGUACAAUCAUUUUCCUUAUUUUUAUAAAUAAUAAUUAUCCUUAUUUAUUGAUUUGUCGUAAUACUUGAUUUUACUUAAUUAUGUGUCAGUAUCUUAGCCUGAGUGCCAGACAGUGUUCCUUCUUGUCAAACAAGGAUUUGGAAAUAUGAUUAUGUAACAUUGUAGAGUGCAUAAAUAGUCUAGUACCCAGGCUACCACUAGGUCUGGGUCCCAAAUGGCACCCUGUUUCCUAUAUAGUGCACUACUUUAGACCAGAGCCCUAUAGAACCCUAUUCCCUAUUAUAGUGCAAUACUUUAGACCAGAGCCCUAUGGCACCCUGUUCCCUAUAUACGGCCCUGGUCAGAAGUAUUCACCCCUCUUGGCAUUUUUCCUAUUUUGUUGCAUUACAACCUGACAUUUUAAAUGUAUUUUUAUUUGGAUUUCAUGUAAUGGACAGACACAAAAUGGUCCCAAUUGAUGAAGUGAAAUGAAAAAAAUUACUUGUUUGUUUCAACAACAAAAAACGUGAAAGUGGUGCAUAUGUAUUCACCUCUUUUCUAUGAAGCCCCUAAAUAAGAUCUGGUGCAACCAAUUACCUUCAGAAGUCACAUAGUUAGUUAAAUAAAGUACACCUGUGUGCAAUCUAAGUGUCACAUGAUCUGUCACAUGAUCUAUCACAUGAUCUGUCAUAUAUCUACUGAGAUCAUACAUCUGUUCUAAAAGGUCUGCAACAUCACCAAACAAGCGGCACCAUGAAGACCAAGGAGCGAUCCAAACAGGUCAGGGACAAAGUUGUGGAGAAGUACAACGUUUUUAUUUAUUUUUAAAUAUCAGAAACUUUGAACAUCCCACGAAGCACCAUUAAA